AUGAGUUCCGUAUCUGACUCCAAUUCGUUCUCAAAUUUAUCGACACCGUCGAAUUCUUUUCCGGCAAAUAAUUCCCAACGGGAAUCUUUCGCUUUUGAUGAUGUUUCAAACAUUGAACAUUGUGUUUGCCCAAUAUGCAAUGAAUCUAUGAUUUCAAUUCACCAACUUUAUAGGCAUUUAUAUGAUAUUCAUGAUAUUCAUAUAGAUGAAAUUGAUGAUACAUCUACUGAUCAAAGAGAUGGUUUUAUGCAAUUAUUUAAGAAAGCUCAAUCAACUAUUUUGAAUCCUUUAUCAUCAAAGGCAAAAAAUAUUGCUAAUUUACCUCAAAUGGCUAUUAAUAAAUUAAACGAUCCUGAUUCGAAUUGGUUGGAUCAACAAUCCGAUCUUGUUACAAAGAUUCAUUGGCAAUUAGAAGGUGAAAAUGAUACGUGCUCCAAUUCUACUUGCGAUAAAUCUUUAAACUUGAGAAAUGGAAAACAUAAUUGUAGAAAGUGCGGAAAACUUUUUUGUGAUACUCAUUGCCGUGUACCUAUGAAAUUGAAUAAACAAGCCUAUCAUGAUCCUGCUGAAGGUUUUUGGUGUAGAGUUUGUGAUGAUUGUUUUCAAUCUCGUGAAGGUUAUUUAGAUACUGAAGGGGUGAUGAGAAGUCACACUACAACAUUCAUUAAACACAGAACCAAAGGCAUUGAAAGGGCGCAUUUAGAAGGAAAUCGUUUGGAAAAACGUUUGGAAAAGCUUGCCAAAGUUUAUGCUACUCAAGCAAGCCCUGAGAAUAACACACAAAGUGGAUUGAAACCUCCUUUAACUAUGAUGCAUAGAAGGAGAGCUUCUGAGCAGUCUAUUGUUAAAUGGGAAGAUGAUGCAUCAGUUACAAGUUGCCCUUUGUGCAAGUAUAUCUCAAUUUGGCAAGAUAACAAAUCGCAGACAUCAUUGCCGCCUGUGUGGAUGCGUGAAACAGCAGAUAAUGACUCUGUUGGUGAAGUCAGAGCAUGUAAGACAUGCAGAAAUGCUGUAUUCAGGAGAAAGGAAUAUAAUGAAGAAAUAUCAAAGACUCCACCAGUCGUCAUGUUGUAUCAGAAAUUAAUGAAAAUCAAGAUCGCAAUUGAUACUACAUUACCAAAGUUUCAGGACAUGCUUAUCAUGUUAAAGAGUCAAGAAAUAGUUAAUCAAACACAUGCAGAUUAUCAGCUCGCAGCACGAACGCGUAAAGAGCUUUUGGAAAAUUUCGCACAAUUUGAUGCGAUUAGUAAAAAAGUUAAUUCAUUACUUGCGCAUUCUAAAACUGAAAAGCGGUUACAAGCCAAUAUUCAUUUAGCAGCUAAUCAAUAUCUUCAACAAAAUAUGUUACCACUUCAAGUUUUACCAAAACUCCUUAAGAAAGAUCAUCAUGAUAAUGAACCUUAUUAUGAAGAUUACCAUGAAUCUUCACCAGAUAUGCUUCUUUCAGUAAUUGAAAAUGGUAGAACUCGAACUAUUUCUACAUCUUCUACUAAGUCUUUAAAAGGUGAAGAAAAGACUAGACAACAAUUAUCAGUACUUUUGGAACAAGAAAAUUUGGUUCAAGGUUAUAUCGUAGAAGCGACCAAACAACGUAAAUUUGAUGACGUAAAAACUUUAAAGACUGCAUUAGAUGAAUUAAAAGUUGAAAUCAACAAGACAAGAAAAGAGCUUGGUGAUUUAUGGCCAUAA